UCUGACAGCAAGAGUUAGCGUAAGAAAGAAACACUUAUUCGAAGAGGAGACGCAAAUUGUGCAAAGUGAAACACCAGGAAAACAAGAAUGGGUACCAGCUCGCUGAUAUCCCGGGCUCGCUUUGUCUUCCUUGUCUGUGGGGCUGUGGGGCUGCGACAGAUAGCAGCGCCGCAACGGGUUGCUACGCGCCACCGCCGUGGCUGCAGCUUCAUCGUUGUAGCUUCAUCGUUGCAGCUUUUGUUGUUGCAGCUUCAUCGCCGUGGCUGCAGCCUCCGACGGUGGUGAAGCUCACCAAACGACAACAGAAGUAUGGGUGAACGAGACGACGAGUUCGACUCGCGGAUUACCAAUUGGGAGAGACAGUGCAUCGAGGAACUCGAACGGGCUCCCGAUUUGGAGGGCCAGAUUCAGAACGAACGUGACAGAUCUUCACAAAAGCUGUGGCUCCUCUUUCAGAGUUCGGCUACCUGCGUAGCCCAGCUGUACAAAGAUCGCCAUCAUGAAGUGUCGCUGUGGGCCCCUUUUCAGAACGCCGCUUCGAGCGUCACUGAUCUCUACAGAGAGUGCCUGGAGACCCAGCGGCGGGUGAGCGAGCUGGACUUCCAAUCGGGCUAUCAGCGUUGCAUCAAGGACAUCCUGGCCUGGGUCAGGAAGCGCAAGCGCCACAUUCGGCGCGAGGACCUGCUCUCCUUCCUGUGCGGAAAGACGCCGCACCACCACUACCAUGGCUGGACUUCGCCCCGGCCACGUCAGUCCCUCGAGCCCCUUGUGGCGGUCACAGCGCCGCCGUCAUCGAUGCUGAACCUUGCCGCCACUGGGGAGUGUUCGACCGUCGUGGGUUCGGGGGACCCCGACGACGUUAACCUGGACACAUUCUGUGGGGCACUAGCCAUGUCGUCAGCUCUGGGUUCAGGCCGAGGCCACAGCGGAGACAGCGUGUCGCCGCCCGAAUUCUGCAGUGCGGCCAGCCUGAGCAGCUUCACCGCUGAGGAAUUCGCUCGUCAAUUUGAGCCACGCAAGAGGACUGCUCCGGAAAACGCGACUCCCGAAGAUGUCGUAAUGGACUCUCCGACGCCCAAACGGCCACGCCUCAUCUGAGUCCUCGUUACCCCGCCGUGCCGCCGAGAUAAUAGUAAUUCCCCACCGUCGCCGUGUGUCGUCGAAGGCUUCACCUCGCCCGCCUGCUCAGACCGAACGCGGCAGUUGUGGGAAGUGAGUAGCCAAGGAAAGAAAGUGAGGAAACACUUCAUGGAAGCGUCUCUUGUUGUCGUCUGCCGCAAGCCCGAGAGGUUGGAGGAGAUGUCAGACGCGAUGGCGGAUGGUCGCAGA